GUUUGUUUGUCGUUAGAAACCGUCGGACACGGCCGCAGUUUCUUCUCUGAGCGGGAAUUUAAAUUCAAAUUAGAUAUCCACAAAGUCGCAUCAGCGCCAUAAUGUCUCCGAACAACAACUCGGAGAAGCCAUUCAAUCCCAACGAGCUCCUGCACAUUCCGAAAUGGGUGAAUGAGGAUUAUUUCCUGCCAAUUCUCGAAAAGGAUGUUGAAAACUUCGACAAAAUCGUGAAAUUUACGCCCGUGGCGGCCACCGCUCCCGGGGAGAAUUACACUUCCAUUAUGAUUAGGGUCAUUGUGGAUAUUCUGCUAAAGGAUGGGAAUGAGCAGAAAAUCUCGUAUAUUCUGAAAACGAUGCUGGAAGCGGACAGUGGAGCGGAUGUUAUCGACGGCAUGGGACUGUUUCCGAAGGAAAGGAAAAUGUACGAGGUCCACAUCCCUCAGUUCGUGAAGCUUUACAAGGAGGCGGGCAUGGACAUUGAGUUGGCGCCCAAAUGCCUCCAUGUGGAGGCCACAGACAAACUGAUUACCCUAGUGUUCGAGGAUCUGAGCCGGCAGAACUUCAAGAAUUUCGAUCGACUCAAGGGCUUUGAUCUGCUGCACAUGCGUCAUGUGCUCCGGAAACUGGCCGAACUCCAUGCCGCAUCCGUCGUGGCCAGGGAAUUAAAUGGGCCCUACGACUCGCUUUAUUCCAUUUCGAUGUACAACGAGCAGAGUCGCAAUCUUUUCGAGACCCUGGGAAAGAUACGGCAGCCGCAGUUCUACAAGGCGAUGCGCCAGUGGGACCUGGAGGAUGCCGACAAGUACAUCUCCCAGAUGUGGAGCCCCGUGGAGGUUUUCGAUGCGGCACUGCAGGUCAACCGGGUCGACGAGAGUGAGUUCAAUGUGCUGAACCACGGAGACUGCUGGUCCAACAACAUCAUGUUCAACUACAAGGACAACGGGGAGAUUGACAGGACCUUGUUCGUGGACCUGCAGAUCGGGAAGUGGGGCAGUCCGGCCCAGGACCUCUGGUACCUGAUCACGACAUCUGCCUCGCUGGCCAUCAAGAUCAAGGAGUUCGACCACUUCAUCCAGAUCUAUCACGAGCGACUGGUCGAAUGCCUGAGGCGGCUGAAGUACUCGAAACCAAUUCCCACGCUCACGGACCUGCACAUCAUGAUGCUGAAGUACGGAUUCUGGGGCCCAUUGACAGCCCUUGGUGUAAUGCCGGCCACACUUAUGCCCACCGACAAGGACGCUAACAUGAAAAUGAUGAUGGCCCCAGGACCCGAGGCCGAUGCCGUCCGUUACAGGACCUUUAUCAAUCCGUACUACGCCAAGGCCAUGGAGGUGCUAUUACCGUUUUUCGAAAACAAGGGGCUUCUAAAGUCCUUAUAGGUUCAUUACGAAGCCAAAUUACAGUGUAGCCAGUUUUAUUUGUGAUAUCACAUAUCAUAAGAGCAAACAAUAAAUAAGAAUUUAAACAUA